AUGUCUCAACCCAUUCAUCCAACAUCAUCUUCGGGUGAAACACGAACAGAACAUCUAGCAACCUGGGCAUCUAAUCUACAAUACAAAGAUAUCCCGGAGAAUGUCGUCCAAAAAACCAAAGAUUUCUUCCUAGAUUGGCUAGGCUGUACAAUUGCCGGCCGUCAUCACCCCGCAGUUUCUGCCAUGGCACGAUUCGCAGCGCAAAUGGGUCCCUCGAAUGGAAAAAGUGAGCUGGUUGAUGGGUCAUUAGAAUUCACGACUAGCCCGGCAUUUGCUAGUCUGGUUAAUGGUGCUUCGUCUCAUGUAGUUGAGCAAGACGAUCUGCAUAAUCGGAGUAUUAUGCAUCCUGCUACUGUCAUUUACCCGGCUGCUUUAGCUGUAGCCCAAGAAGUGGGCUCCACAGGCGAAGAGUUUAUUGCGGCUUGUGUCGUCGGCUAUGAAGUUGGUUGUCGCGUUGGAGAAUACCUGGGCAAAAGUCACUACGAGAGAUUUCAUAGCACAGCGACAGGCGGCGUCAUUGGAGUUGCAGCCGCAGCUGCCCACCUAUUAAGGCUCGACGCAGCAACAACUUUAUCAGCAAUUGGAACGGCCGGCACACAAGCUGCAGGUCUUUGGCAAUUCCUGCUCGAUGCAACCCACUCAAAGCAAGUGCAUACAGGCAAGGCCUGCUUUGAUGGAAUAUUCGCUGCAUAUUCCGCCCGCGACGGCCUCCUCGGGCCUCGAGAUAUCCUCGAGGGGCCACGAGCAAUGGGUAUUGCCUUAGUCCCAGGAGAAACCUACCCCGAAGCGAUCGAUCAAAAUCUAAGUUCCGAUUGGGCGAUUCUCAGCUCCAGUUUCAAAUGGCAUGCGUCGUGCAGACAUACACAUCCCAGUGUCGAUGCACUGCUCAAUCUUAUGGAGAAGAAUCAGCUUGUGUUUGAUGAUAUUGAGUCCGUGGUCGCACGGACUUACCAAGCUGCUCUUAAUGUGCUUGGUCUUAGUGGAAGUGGAGAGACGGUUCAUCAGAGCAAAUUCUCGAUGGGAUUUGUUCUUGCUGUUGCGGCUAAGAAGGGACAGGCUAUGAUUACCGAUUUCACUGAAGAGGAUUUGGUGGAUGCUUCGUUGCGGCAGUUUCAGAAACGUGUUUCUAUGGAGCUUGAUGAGGAAAUUGAGAGCAGGUUUCCUAAGCAGUGGCAGGGGACUGUCAUCGUUACAUGCAAAUCUGGGAAGACAUUCACUGAAUCGGCUGAGUUUGCAAAGGGGGAUCCAGAGCUUCCUUUAACAAAGGAGGAAAUCGAGAGAAAGACGAAGGCUCUUGCUACUUAUGGCGGGAUUACGGAUGUCGCACGCGUCAACCAACUGAUUGACAGGGCGUGGAAUUUGGAGCGAGAGACUAGUCUUAAUGGGUUUGUCUUUUGA